AUGUAUAAAAAGAAUAGUUUGAUAGAUCUAACUCCAAUCUCAAUCAGCAAAUCAACACAUUUAGGAAAGAACAAACCAUUCUGUCCGUCCUUGUUUUUAAAUUAAAUUGAUAGUCAACCCAAAAAAUUUGAAGAUGACUACCGAGAAAAAGUCUUAGAGUUAGAAAUACCAGAUGAUAUUGUACUCCCUAAAACUGUUCGGAGAAGAUGUGCUAUUGGGAAUGGGUUGUCUCCCCAAAAAACAGAUCAAAUCCUUCCCACUCUCUCUUUACAUGUAAGCAUGCAAAAAAGGAAUAUGGAAGAUCUCCAUCAACUUUACGAAAUCAAAACACAAAGGGAGAAUGUUGAGAUGGAGAACAUAAACAAAAAGAUCAAAUCCAUCAUCAAUAGUAAUAAAAAGUAAGUUUCUUUUUAAAACUCUCAUGUUAUUAUUGAUGAAUUUGAUAAUUAUUAAGUUGUCCAAGAUUUACCUACUCAAAGACACUAUGCUCCAAAGAGAAGAACACAUCUCAAGUAAUUGACAACUGAAGUCUGA